AUGUUGACCGCCGACGCCGCCAAACACGGCCGUGAGAGCUCACCACCGCGUGCAGCCUCGCCCACCACCAAUGGCUCUUUCCUGCAGAUGCCGCUUUCCCUUCUCGGUUCCGUCUUGCGCGGCCAGACUCCUUCACCGUCGCAGGCGACCCUUCCUUCUACCCAUACCGACCCUACGACCGAUGCCCCUGACACUCCUACGCGCGCCUCGCAUAGGGAUGCGAUGAAGAAGCCGCAUGACGAAGCCACCAUCACCCUCGCUCCUUCGAGACCUGUCUCCUCCGGCAGCGAUACUAUCAGCGUCAAGCCCAAGAAGCGGACCCCUCGUUCCAAGACAUCCUACAUCAUCGCCCGACCCGUAAACACUCGCUCCAAGCUACACAGCCGGCAAAGGGUUGCCCUGCAGCUGCACCAAGUCAUUGCGUCACAGCGACCAAAGCCAGCCUACGAAGUCGUCCCUUUCUCGGCCAUCCCCCAGCGAGCCUCGAGACGUCUUUCGCGGAGCUUCAACACCAGGGAAAGGCUGGGACCACACGAUCUCCUCAUUGCGCAAGCAGAGGCAUACAACAGUCAGGAUGACGAGAACAAGUCGGAAGAAGAUCGCUGGGGCUCGCGCGACAUAAUUGGUGUCAUCAGUUCACGGAAGUGCGACAGGGGGGUUACUGAGACAACGGAGAUUUGCAUGAACGACGGGACGAGUCGCUGGGCAGUCACCGACAUGCCAAACGGAGGCUACGAGUUCAAUAGCACUGACGAACAUGGACUGACGCUGAAGGCUCGUUGGGUGUUGAAGCCAAACCACUCGCGUCGUGUGUCGAGCAUGUCGGCGACUGGGCCACUGUCGCCAUCGCUCCCUCAAGCUCCAGACGAGAAGAAGUUUACCUUCAGCACCUUGAGUGUCAACUCCAGACGCCAUCCCAUCAUUGCGACAAUGACCCGCAGUCGCAUAGAUGUCAUGGAUACCUACGCAAUGCCGUCUGCUGCCUCACCGUCAACGCCUAGCAUAACUUCUUACACCCAGUCACCCACUACCGACACCUCCAGCAUCGACAUCAACACCUUCAUGGACACAUUGACGGAUAAGCUCCCCACCGAGACAGGCGACGCACUCCGACAAUUCAUCUUAGCUUCUGGCGUCUGGGUUGCGUCUAGAGAAUUCGCGACCGAGAGCCCCUCCUUGUCUUCGCCUCCAACCUUGACACCCUCUGCAACCUUCCGUCCAUGCGCCAACCGCACAUUCUCCAUGUCCAUGUUGGACUGCCCGCGCUCGCCAUCUCCAGCAUCGACUCUCGACGAGAAGCGCCGCUCGUUUCCUCGGAUGUUCAAACCUAGCAUGGAAAGGCUCCCCCGUCGCACGACAAGCUUCACGGAUACUCCUCCUUCGCCUGCAUCAACCAAAACGGCGAUACAUGCCUCUCCGGUCCCUGUUGUCAAGACACGUGCGCGACGUGCGAAUUCCACCGGCACCGCCCUGCAUAGCAUGACAGGCAGUAUGAGGAAGAAGUACGGCCUCACUUUCGAAGACCAGACACUCGUCGAGACCCCCGAAGAGCGCACUAUGAAACGCAGCGUAGAGCUUCUUCGCAUCAAAGAGCUCUCACUCCCUUCACCUAUAGAACGUCCCUCCGCCGAGUCAACCCGCCCACUCCCUGCCGCCAUCCCCUCCCCCGUCGUCAUCUCCCCAUCAACCGAAGGCCCAAGCUCGCCCGCGCCUCUCCUCGCCUCCCCGCUCCUAUCGCCCGCCAUGCCAGAAACCGAACGUUCCCACAAGACACAAUCCGCUUAUGCGCCGAUCACAACAACCGGCAUGUGGGAUUCCGGCGUCACCGAUGGACCUGGACUCAAGAAACGUCCCACAAGCAUGUUUGUCAUGAACGAGAAGAAGCGCAAGCAAGAAAAGAAAGGUGGGCGUAGUAAGAGUAAGGAGGGCAAGAGCCAAGCUACUACUGAGGAUGGCAACGAAGGUCUUGGGCUCAAGAGGAAAAGCGAUUGGUACAUGUACAAGAUCAAGCUUCGCCUAAAGAACUGCUUUAAGAAGGAGAAGGCUUGA